CUUGUGUAGGAUCACAGGCUGCCAGAGAUAUGGGCAAAGUGAAGAAGAAGCGUGGGAAUACGUUUAAUUACAACGUCGAUAGGAAAAAGCUCAAACGGAAGGCGAGAAAGAAACAUGCUCCCAGAAUUCCCUGUGAGCCAAUUAGAAGUGCCUGGAAUGAUGGAAAGUCUGUUGCUAAAAACUUGGCAGACAUGGGCUUGGCAGCCAAUCCCAAUAAGUCUCUUCCUAUACGUCCCAGCCAGGUGAAGGAUGCAGAAGAGCAACCGGGCAAAGUAAUAAAGAAACCAUAUGUUUUAGAAGGGCUCCAAGCCUUAGCCAGCCUGCCUUCCAAGCAAACAAUGGGCAUUUCUUCUGACAUGAUUCAAUAUGUCCGGCAUAUGGUUGAAAAUUACGGUGAAGACUACAAGGCAAUGGCCCGUGAUGAGAAAAAUUAUUACCAAGAUACACCAAAACAGAUCCAGCGCAAAGUAAACCUGUAUAAGCGACAUCACCCACAAGACUAUCAAGCUCUGGUUGCAUCCCGUAUAAUGCAGUAGAACAUUCCAUUAUGAGGAGGACUGUUGGUCUUACAGAGCAUCUUGCCAUUAGGAUGCCCAGGCCAGAUCUCAUGGCACACCAGAAUACCUACACCCAUUAUUCAAGCUUGGUACUCAUGAAAUGCUUACACCUGGAUCAUAUGCCAACCAGUUUGUGAAUAUUUGUUUGUAGGUGUUUGCUGGGAGGUACAGUUAUAAAUGACAUUCGAAAGUUAGCACCAACUUAGUCAUUUUAUUAUAUAUAAUUAUAUAUAAUUUUUACAAAUUUUCUUUCCCUCAUCAUUUAUAGCUUAUUUAUGAACAGCGGUGAUUUAUUUUUAUUAGAACCCUGAAGCAGUGUGUGGGCCAGCACACACUAAGUGUAAACUGUGUCACUAACAAGUGUCCAGCUUUUGGCAUAUAGUCUGUCAGACCAUCUUCUCACAGUCGUAUUUGUCUGCGCCUGCAACAGGAAUAGAUUGCCCGAAAACCUGAGCAGUAAGAGGAUGGUAACUGUCACUGUAAACAUUUGUAGAUGUCUGUGACACACAUAUUAACCAUCAUUUUGAAGAGAUGUGUGGCACUGGGUGGCUUGUGGAUGAUUGGCACCAUUCUGUGCUGGCCCUUUCGGUCUAUGUAGUCUUUCCUCUAACAAUGUCUUCACAGUCUGUAGUCUGGUGCUGUGGCCAGCUCCAUCUGAUACAGCACUAGUUCCCAGCAAGGUUACCUCUCUUUCGCCAGUAAUCCGGUGCAGUGACAGUUCUGAGUGAAUUUCAGGAAGGCAAAGUGCAGUAUUCUGAUCCUUGGAGGAAAGAGGGUGAAAAAAUUUGAAUACCAUAUAGAUGAUAGAGCAGAAAACAAUCUUGUCCUUUAAAAAUAUAUUCUGAUAUAGACAGUCUUUCAUGGAAGUACUGUUUGACUAAAGAAAGCUUUGUUUGUUUUAGUAGCUGUGGCAGGGAGAGGGGGAAAAAAAUAUUUGUUAUAUUUUGCCAAGGGUGGCCCCGGGGGUUAUUUUGGUAAAAAAUGAAUGAAACUUGGCGUAAACUGGAAUAAAGUACCUUGGGCUUGA